AUGUUGUUACCACCUGUGACAAUCGAUGAUAUAAAGAAAUUCAUUAUAUUCAAUGUUGAAAUUUGCAGAAGAUUAUUAUUGGAUAAAAGAAAUUCUUCGUCGAAAAAAGAUAGCAUGAUAUUACAGUAUGUCAUGCUAUUGGAUUUGAAAGGUGCAGGUGUUUCAACUUUGGAUAUGGAAUUGGUUCCAUUUGCGGUUGAUCUCGCGAGACAUCAUUUUCCUGGUUAUAUAGGUUCGAUAUUUGUCUUGAAUUAUGGCUGGAUGUAUUCCGGAAUAUGGCAGAUAUUCAAAAGAAUCUUACCCGAAGAAUCGUUGAGUCGCAUAUUUUUCCCUUCGUCAAACAAAGAAUUGCUGGAUUAUUUUGAUGAUGAUGAUUUGUUGUUGGAACAUGGCGGGAAUGAUGACUAUAAAUACGACUUGAAGAAUUACGAUAUUUAUCAAUUAUACGGCAAACCUUCCUCUGUAUUAUCGAUGCCAAAAUCUUUGUACAGGGUUACUUCAUUCGAUUCAUCCCAUGAAGUAUUCUUCACGCCUUACUCCACUCCUUAUUCAAGUAGACCAACAACACCCAAUAACGAUAAUAGCAAUAAUCUGUCUCCUUCUGUUAUAAAUAUUCGUCCGCCAUUCAAGCAUCGUUCAUCGUCUUCCAGUAGAUCAUCCAGUAGGCCAUCUAGCAGACCUUCAAGCAGACCUCCAAGUCCUGGAAUGACUCCAAAAUCACCUCGUGUAAUUCCUUUACAACCAUUAACUCCUACUAACACUAACAAUAAUGAAGAUGACGAGGAGGAAGGAGAUGAAGGACAAAAUAAUUCUUCUUCAUCAAUACUAAAUCAUGAGAUUUCCACAUCUUUGGUUUCUUCACCCACCAACACUAAAAAUUUAAGUUCAGAUUCAGAUUCGCCAAUUUCUACAACUGCCGCCACCGCCACAACUGGUCUAUCAAUACCAAAAUCAAGAUUGUAUAAAUUAACUCGAAUACAUAAAACUCUCAAAAAUUAUUUUGAAAGAUUACUGUACAGAUUCAUAUCACGUAGAGUAACUGGCGUGCUAUAUUAUAUGGUGAUGUUUGUGGUUUUCCGUGGUGAUGAUCAACUUAUUUUAAAUUUAAACUUAUCAAGACAAGAUAUCAGUUAUCUAGAUUAA